AAAUAAAAACUGCGCAACCGCAUAUUCAAACGGACUCCAACGUAGUGCAAGUAAGUUUAAGUUGUUCCUUGUGAUCGUGUUCCUGUAGAUUCCAGGCGUCCACUUGUCCACGAUGUCCGAGGUAACGACGAAAAUUUCCAAGCCAAACAUGCGUCGAUUGCUCUACAAUCAGAUCAAAAAAAAUUUGAUUGCCACUGGUGUAUCUGUUUUGAUCGCUGGAGUUUACAUGAGAUUUGUUUUCAGCGACAACAAUCGACGCGAUUACGCAAAUUUUUACAAAUCAUACGACAUUAAUAAGGAGUUUGAAACAAUGAGGAAAAAAGGACUCUUUGAUUCCUGUGAUCCAGAAGAUUAAAAAGCGCUGUAGUGGAUAAUUUAAUACAAAGUAGUAAUGUUUAUUAGUUAUUAAUAAAUACUAUAUUUUUAAAAGUAUUCAAUAAAACAUACAUAACUCAUAA